AUGGACUCCCCCGCAGUACCAGUCCCGCUGGAUCCGCGGGAGCAGCCCAUUCUUGAGCGUUUGCUCCGGACCCGAGAUGCGCUUCUUCUCUUGAAACAAGACAAGUCCUCUUACAUCAAGUCUCGCGAUGUUCUCCCACUGUAUGAGGAGGUCGUUGGCGAAGUCGAUAAACUCAAUGCCGCUCGUAAAGAGCAAAACCAACGCCUGGUACAUAACCGAUUGGACUACGUCCUGGAUGAUUGCUUCCAGUUGAUCUCCUUGCUCUUUUUGACCGUGGGUAGGAACAAUGAAGCUCCCGCAGUGUAUUCGCUUGCGGCUACAAUUCAGCGCCUUCUCGAUCACCUCGAAGAAGCUGGAUUCUACAGCUCCAAAGAUUUGAACUCCAUCACGAAGACUCUCGAGUCGAUGCGAGAGACCCUUGACCGCGGGCGCAACACCUACUCUCCAGCUCUUCUCACUCUCCUCGAAAGCCGAAUGGAACAAUGCCAACUCUCGUUGGGAAAAUUACAAAAGGGACUCGCCGUGCUUGCGCCGGGUCUUGUGCAGACACAUGAGACCCUCGUGUCUAUCCUGCGAUCUACAUCUGCUGUCAACACGCGCUCCAAGUUCUCCGCUACAGAAGUGAACAACCUGCGAGAGCAGCUGAAGAAGAUUGAAAAUACUCUCAAGGAUGGCAAGUUUGUGGACGCCGACGGCAAUGUUCAGGCUGGAUCCGAUGACUUGAAGUCACUCAUGGAACGCUGCUGGCGGUGGACCGAAAUUGUUCUCGAGCGUCAGGGCAAAAUCGAUGAACGCUUCCAGGAACAGUACGACCGCCUUCUUGAGAUUCGCAACCAGCUCGAUCGACUCUCUGUUACCCAGGCUUGGUCGCUUCGAGAGACCGAUUUGUUCGGAUACCAGCGGAAGCUAGAUCGAAUUGACGAGGCCCGGGUGAAUGGCAACUUUGUCGACGCUGUAGGCCAGGCGGCCGACCUCCAUGCGCAACGGACAUUGCUGUACCUUAUCCGACGCAGCUAUGCAUACAUCUACGCACUUUUGAUCUCUUCCGAGCCCGUGUCCGAGGCCCUGCUGCCUGUUUACAAUCAGCUGCAGACUCUUCGCCGAUGCCUGAUCGAAGUCAAGGAAUCUGGCGGCGUGUCUAACUCGCGCGAGCUGUACCCUUACAGUAUGAAGCUCAAUUCGAUUGAUAACAUGCGGGUCGACGGCAAGUUCUACAUUGGACCAGAUAUCCCAGAGGGUCAGGGCAGUGUCAAUUCUCUGCUCGCCGAAUGCUACGACCUAGUGUGGGAGCUCCGGGCUGCUGUCGCCGAUGAGGAGUCCCAAUCUUAG